AUUUAGGGUUCCCGCAAAACCAAAACCCAAAGCAAGACGAAAAGCCACAAAAGCCUCAAAGUAAUAUUUGAUUGCGCGCGGUUCGGACGUUUUACGGACACAUAAUUUUGUCAGGUUUAAAGCGAAGGUAGAGUACAGUGAAAUCCAAUCAACAUGGACUGCGGCACAUCUCUGGUCAAGUACAUACUCUUCAUAUUCAACACCCUGGUCUCGGUGAUUGGCAUUCUGGGUAUUGUCUAUGGCGUGCUGAUCCUGAAGAGCAUCGGAACAAUUGAGGUCAAUGGCCAGGUGGGCUUCCCGCCCCAGGCCCUCAUGCCGAUCGUCCUGAUCAGCAUUGGCUCCAUUGUCGUAUUUAUUUCGUUCCUGGGCUGCUGCGGCGCCAUUCGGGAGUCCGUUUGCAUGACCAUGAGCUAUGCCGUCUUCCUGCUGAUCCUUUUGAUCGUCCAACUGACCCUGGUCGUCCUGCUGUUUACCAAUAAGGAGAAAUUCAAUACGGCCAUGGGCGAUGUCAUUGAUAAGGCCUGGCAAUCGGAUCGUGGUCGCGGAGGAGUUUUCGACGCCCUUCAGAAAUCUCUUCAUUGCUGCGGUGCGAGUUCAUUUGCUGAUUACAUUGCCGAGGGACAAGCCCUGCCCAGCAGCUGUUGCGAUGGAAGCUGCUUGAACCCACUGAACUACUAUGGAGGAUGCCGCGACAAGUUCGUCGAAACCAUGUCUGUCAGCACUGACCAUGCUAAGUACGUGGCCAUUGGUCUAAUUGGAGUCGAGUUGAUUGGCUUUAUUUUUGCCUGCUGCUUGGCUAACAAUGUGCGCAACUACAAGCGUCGAAACGACUACUAAGAGAAACAUCCACUCAUCUACCUACAUUGAGAGGCACAAGCAGACAUCCAGCAAAACUCAGUGACACACAUUCUCAUUAAUAUUUACCAUUGUCGCCGCACAAAUAUGUACAUGAAUGGUGGUCGAAGCAAAUAAGGUCCCAUACAAUUGGAAAGCAGUUAAGUUAUUUGUCCAAAACGAAAACGAUGCAAAGAAAAAAAGCUUAGUUUAAGGCGAUAUGCAACGCUUACAUUUUAUAUAUUCUAUAUAUUGGUAUAAUUCGUGUUUUACUACCUAAUGAGCAAGCAAAGUAUUUUCCAAAGCCUUUGUACAAACUUGUUGUAAACUGAAAACCCUUGAAAACAAUAAAUGAACGUUAAUGAAAUCGA